AUGUGGAAAAUCCUAAGAGGAGCUUGUGCAACUGAAGAAAAUUACAGAAAGAAGGGAUUUCACACUGUGUCAAAAUGUUACUUAUGUGGUAAUGGACAUGAUAUAAUGGAUCAUAUCGUGUGGCAUUGUGAUUUUAGUGAGAAAAUUUGGCACUGGUUGGGUGGAAUUUUUAAAUUUUUGAACCCUCGUAACUUUAUGGAUGUGUUGGAAUGUGUGAAGAAGGUAAGCCCCGCUGUGAGAGAAGUAUGGUUUAUUAGUGCUUUUACUACAAUGGUGAAGCUCUGGUUUACCAGAAACAGAGUUUGUUAUGAUGAGGAAGAUCCUAAUCUGUUAAGUUUCAAAAUGAAAAUUCUGCAGUUCACUAAAGAGUGCAGUGUGAGAAUGAAAGGUAAAAUCAGAGGAACUGUGUAUGAUAUGAACAUUAUGUCUGAAUUUGGUAUUAAGGGUAUGAAGGUUCAAAUCACUGAAGUUAAGGAAUGCAUUUUUAGAUUUCUUGCAGUUAACCAAGUACUCAUUUGCUGUGAUGGUGCUUCCAAGGGGAAUCCUGGUAAUUCAGGAUAUGGUUUUGUAGGAAGGAGUUGUACAGGUGGUUUUCUUGGGGCUGUAGCUCGAGGAUUAGGAGUGGCUACAAACUUUAAUGCAGAAGUAAUGGCCUUAAUUGGUGCAGGUGAAUGUCCUAUAAGAAGACAAUUUCUUAAUGUAUGCUUUAGUCUAGACUCUAUGGCAGUGUUGCAGGCUCUGCAGGAUGGAAUUGUUGGCGGAGCAACUGGUAUUGGUGGUCUGUGA